CGGGACAGGUCCAGAGCCCCGAGCCCUGCACUGCUCCCUUGUGGCCUGCUUAUCCGCUUCCGGCGGAGGACUUUGUCCAGUGGUGCAGUGUGACUUGUGUCCUGUAAAGCUGGGCUGCACACCUCAGCCACACUUCACCACCCACCUCUGACUCCGGCUGCACUGCUAAGGGAUCAUUUUCCGCUUAAGCCUGACUCACUGAGGAAGCCGUGAUGGCCAAUGAAGCGAAGCCUUGCCCGUGCGACAUUGGCCACAGGCUGGAGUACGGGGGCAUGGGCCACGAAGUGCAGGUGGAGCACAUCAAGGCGUACGUCACCAGGCCUCCGGCGGAUGCAGGCAAAGCUGUCAUUGUUGUUCAGGACAUAUUUGGCUGGGAACUGCCCAACACCAGGUACAUGGCUGACCUGAUCGCACGAAAUGGCUACACAACCAUCCUCCCAGACUUCUUCGUGGGACAGGACCCAUGGAGCCCCUCCGGGGACAUGAGCAUCUUUCCUGAGUGGGUGAAGACCAGAAAUGCCCAGAAGGUGGAUAAGGAAGUGGCUGCUGUCCUGCGCUACCUGAAACAGCAGUGUGGUGUGCAGAGGAUUGGCAUCGUGGGCUUCUGCUGGGGCGGCAUCGUAGUGCAUCACGUGAUGACCAAGUUCCCUGAGAUCAGGGCCGGGGUGUCCGUCUAUGGCAUCGUCAAGGAUUCCGAGGACGUUUACGACUUGAAGAACCCCACGCUGUUCAUUUUUGCUGAGAAUGACUUGGUGAUUCCCCUUGAGCAAGUCUCUUUGCUGACCCAGAAGUUGAAAGAACACUGCAAAGCUGAGUACCAAGUUAAAACCUUCACCGGGCAGACUCACGGGUUUGUGCACCGCAAGAGGGAAGACUGCCAGUCGGCCGACAAGCCCUACAUCGACGAGGCCCGGCGGAACCUCCUGGAGUGGCUGCAGAAGUACGUGUAGCGGCAGCCCGGGCUGGCUGCCUCAACAUCCCUUCCUUCUAAAGUCUGCCUUGAAGUACUUACAUCAUUUUUUAAAUUUUUACUUCAAAAAACAAAUGUAGGGAAGCUGAAAUUCAUUUAAUCUGAAACACAAAUUUGGAAGAAAGUUUCAAUGCAUGGAAAUAAUCCUCAUUACGUGUAUCCAGUGAAAAUUAAGGGAACAGUUGAGUACCUGGGGAAUUUGGGAGUCAUACGAAGUUACUGGGGGGCCUGCAGCUGCUCCAUGGUGGUCUUAAACGGCCUCGCUGCAAUGCUGGCAAGAGCACUGUAACUGGGGGCAGACUAGGAACUCAACUAGCUGUUGUCCCUGUUCUUAAGAGCUGAAGUUCUCACAUCAGUACAAUGUAGAAAUAAAGUUCCUAUAUUAACUG